AAAAAGCUACAUCAAUAGCAAAUAUUUGUGCUCUUCUAAUAAACAAUAGUCAGAUUUCCUUUAAAAAUUAUUUAAAAUGCAAAUAAGCGAAAAAUGCCAUUCCUAACUAAAGAAAAUCUUAAUCAGCAUUGCCGCACUUGUCUGAAAAAAUUAAAAAUACAAGAUAACAGUUUAAUACCAAAUAUAGAUGUAGUAGACGAAGUUUCAGAGUGUAAAGAAUUCUGUAUUAGCAUCGUUAAUAAUGAAGAAUUACAAAAUCUUAUAGCCUUCUACAUGGACGAGCAUUGGCCUAUUGAAGCGCCUGAACUGAUAUUGGGGGAAUAUCCUCAGUGUGUGUGCAUACAUUGCUAUAAUAAGCUGCAAAGUUUUGGAUUAUUUCGCGAACUAAUAAAGAAAAGUGCUCAAAAACUGCAGUCGAUACUCUGCCAUGGAGUUAAUAAAGUGGAAAUUGACGACGAUGGGUCCGAAGAAAAUCAAGGAAUGGGUAAAGAACCAGAAACAGCGCGGGCGACAGAUAUGUUUAACUUUUUGCACAAGGAUACACUUAUGGAAACCGAAUCAGUUAAGCUUGAGUCAGAUAAUGUGGGAACGUUAAUGAGCGAGAGUGUACCAGACCCCGAUCAAUUCGACACUGAUAUUUCAGCUGAACGUAGAGCUACACAAAGUGAAAUUUCAAAUAACGUUAUCAACGAAGAAAGCUAUGAUCAAGUAUGGCAAGAUGAAUCCGAAGCUGAUUUAGAAAAACCAUCUAUAUCAGUAACAUCUGAAAAUGUUGAUAGCAGGAUCUUGAACACUCAAACAGUUAAAAGCAAUUUAACUAAUACUUUUGAAUGUAUUCUAAACGAUAAACAAAAUGACGAUGGUUUAGGAAAUAUAAAAUGUGCACGCGUAAGCAAGAAACGAUUUGCAGAAUAUGUGGCUACAAAAAUAGAAAAACAUAAAAAUAGUAUGAAAAAAGCUAUCGAGGUUAGUCGACAUACUCAAAACUUUGUGGACACUGACAAGACAGAUAGUAAUUCGAAGAGACGCAAUAAAGGUACUAAAAACAGCUUCAAGUGUGAGCAGUGUAGUCACAGUUUUGCUCACAAAAUCGCCCUCGAUGCUCAUAGACGUAAAGUGCAUGAAGGAAGCAUGCGUCCCUUUCAAUGUGAUCGAUGUGAAAAAUCGUAUACAUGCAUCGGUGGACUAUAUAAGCACAUCAAGGAAAUUCACGAAGCCGAGGUGCGUUCAUAUUCGUGCAACAUACCUGGAUGUGACCGUGUCUAUACUAGUUUUAUUGCAAUGCAAAAACAUAAGCGAUUGAAACACUCGGAUACACCCUGCGUGAAAAUAUAUGUUUGCGAACAAUGCGGCGCAACGUUCAACCAAUCCGGUAAUCUUAAAUACCAUCGUCGUUCUAAACAUCCUACAGACGCAGAACAAGCCGCUCAAGACCAAUUGAAGGAGCGUUUUGAAUGUGACGUGUGUAAGAAAUUGUUCCAUUCACGUUACACCUUAAAGUAUCACACCUUACAACUGCACACCAACGAAAUGAAGUACGAGUGUAAUGUGUGUGACCGUAGAAUGGCAAAAAAAUUUAUGCUCGACAAACAUAUGUUAGUUCACUCUACUGAUAAGAUGCCGUGUGAACACUGCGGUAAGGGGUUUGUUAGAAAAUUUGAGUUGGAAGCGCACGUUAGAAUAGUGCACAUGAAAUUGAAGCCUUUUGAAUGUCAGUAUUGUUCCGAGUGUUUUGCUUCAAGAAGAACGUUGCGCCAUCAUGAGUAUAUACACACCGGUGAGAAACCGUAUGUUUGUGAUGUCUGUGGGCAGGCGUAUCGUCAACAGACCCGUUUGAAAAACCAUCGUAAAUCGCACGAAAGAAUUAAUGUUGAUAACGUGAUAUCAACCAAUAGUAAUAGGACUCCAAUGAACUCAUUUUUGAAUGCACCAUAUCAUAUAAUUGCUCAGAAAAUAGUACCUUUGACAAAUGGUAACACCGAUGCAACAAACCUUAGUAGCAACGUUAACGAAGUAACUAAUUUGUCAUCUUGUAAGGUUGCUGGAACUCUGAUUAAUAUAACUGACACUGGAAUUGCAGAGGAUAAAUCUAAUAUUCAGCAAUAACUCGUUCAAAAAUGAAGAGCUGGAAACUUUUGGUUUUAAUUUAUUAUUAUACAAUUUAAAUAAUUCUGCAGCUACAUAAG